UCGUUCAUUUGCUUUUCUCACUCGUUUUCAUCUGGUUUGACAAUACCGCGUCGCCUCCGUCCUAUACGAAGACCGGACACGACUCACGAUGGUCAAACCAACGAAAACACCUAAAGGCCAACCGCCGCGCAAGCACAAGAAGCGGCGUCUCUCCCAUAAAGAUCACUUCGCCCGUCUCAUGAAGGAAGCAGUGGAAUUUGCCCCCGAAGAAGUUGCUUCAACCUCGUCCUCGUCUCCCGACUCUACUUCAACCACUCAACCCGCUCCCGCCCCCAACUACUCCAAUAUCCUCCUCAUUGAGAAAUUCCAGGAUGCUCUCGACACUCGAACAGCUGUAUGCCGUCGCCUCGAGAUCCUCGUGCGGAGCUCAAUUUUGUACACACCAUCAGCACAAGCUCGUUUGAUCAGGUGCUUACGAGAUGACUACGUCCGGGGGGACAGAACGCGGAAGGUCAUUGACAAUCUGCGACAUUCUGAUUUUAUCAGUGCUACAAGCAUGGCAAAUCAGGAUGCAGAAUUUAUACGGAAAGAAGUUUUGGAGAGCACGAAACUGUUUUUUGAGGGAAGCAAGGAACUGCAGGAAAUAGGAGAUCAAAUCGCAGCACAGUUCUCAUAGUGAGUUUCCGUUUCAAGCAUAGUGCUGUAUUGGUGGGUCUCACU